UGAUGGAGUUGACGGUGAGUCAGUGACAAAAAGUCUAGAACAAGCAAUGCCAUUUUCUUUGUAUGACGCAAGGCAAGCAUUAAUUCAUGACUCAAGGCGCGGUGUCAGCCACGUUGUCUCCUGGACACGCUUUCCCGUACAGCCCCGUGUCAACCUUUGGGACGCACCUGCAGAAGCCGUGGCCCCGCCCACGGACCGGCGGGGUGUGUUCAGUUUUGACCGGUGAAACUUCUGACAAACUUAUGAGUUGUAUGAGAAACUGGAUAUAGCCACCUGAUUUAUGCUGCUGGAGCAACUUGAUAAAGACAAGCCUGUCGGUCGGUGUGUGUCGCUCAGUGGAGAGGAUGGAGGUGAGUGGGCUGUGUUCGGAGGUGUUUGAGGGGCUUGGUCCAGAUGAGAUGAUGUCACAUGGCUCCACCCUCUCCCUCACCCCUCUCAUCCCCCACAGUUCAGCAUCCUUACGCCGAUCAUCACCCCAGAGUAUCCCUCUCAGAUCCAGAAAAGAGACCAAGGCCACCCAAGCCCCCAGCAUACCCAACCCCUUCCCAGAGCUCUGUAGUCCCUCCAACUCACCCGUUCUGAUUAGCUCCUUGGUCGGAAAGAGUGCGCCGUCUGAAAAGGACUGUCAUGUUGUUCGGGUAUAUGGUGAAGAUACCCUGGGCCGGUCGUUAUCCGUGUCGUCAGGGGCAACAGCGCGGGACGUGUGUCAGAUGCUGGUGCAGACUGCCCACUGUAGUGACCAGGAGAGCUGGGCCCUUAUCGAACUCCACGCCAGCCUAGGCCUGGAGCGCUGCCUGGAAGAUCACGAACGAGUAGUGGACGUGCAGUCCUCCUGGCCUGUAGAUGGCAGCACCAAGUUACUUUUCAGGAAGAACUACGCCAAAUAUGAGUUCUUCAAAAAGCCCAUGCUCUUCUUCCCUGAAAGCAUGAUCUCUGACAGCUCUGAUUGCACUAAGGGUGUGACUUCAUCAGAACUUGUACAGAAGCUCCUGCAGUCGGGGGCGUGUCCUGAGAUCCAGGGCUUCCUGCACGUGAGGGAGGGGGGGCGGAAGGUCUGGAAGAGAGUCCACUACUUCCUGCGCCGUUCCGGACUCUACUGCUCCAACAAGGGCUCCUCAAAGGAGCCUCGGCAUCUACAGUAUGUUGCAGAUCUGGCCGACCUAAACAUCUACACUGUCACCAACAGCCGCAAGCUGUACAUGGCACCCACUGAACACACUUUCUGUGUCAAGUCUAGGGGUGAGCGUGCCCGUUCUCAGGACAUGAAGCUGCUCUGUGCUGAAGAUGAACAGAGUAGGACCUGCUGGAUCACUGCCUUCAGGCUCUUUAAGUAUGGAAAGCAGCUGCAGUGCAAUUAUCAGCUCUCCCAGUCCAGCGUGAGACCGCAGGUGCCCCCGCGUGACGCCAAGGCCAGAGAGGCAGAGGACUCUAUGGUUGCCAUGGAUUUCACAGGGAAGAAUGGUGGCCGCGUCAUCCAGAACCCCAAAGAGGCCGAGAAUGCCGAGCAGGAGGAGGGACAGGCGUGGAGGAAGAGAGAGGCCCUACGCAACAGUCUGCCUAACGUGCCACAGAGCUCGCGGCCUUCUUCUGUGCAUCAGACCCAGCCCUGGUUCCAUGGAGGCGUCUCUCGCUGUGAAGCCCAGAGACUGAUUGAGGAGCAGGGGCAGGUAGAUGGGAUGUUCCUGAUCCGGGAGAGCCAACAGCAUACCCAGUGUUUUGUCCUGUCGCUGUGCUACAAACUCAAGACCAAGCAUUAUCUCCUGAUCCCUUUUGAAAAGGCAGGCAGGAAGUACUACACCAUGGACGACGGAGAUACGGUCUUCAUAGACCUGCUGCAGCUGGUGGAGUUUCACCUGAUCAACCGUGGCAUCUUACCAGUCCGCCUCAAACACCCCUGUGUGCGGGUCGCCCUCUGAACACACACACACACACACACACACACACACACACACUGCCCACACCCUUUCCUUUAAUUUAACAUCCCCCUCCAAUCCUCCUCCACUCCACACACAGUCCCUCACACAACUUCAUAUUUCCACCUCCGCCUCAACGCAACGAUGUCUUUUUCUGUGUGUACGACUAUAAAUACAUCAGUUCCAGACCAUCACCAACACAUGUAAAUUGUGUCCAGUUUUCAUUCCUUUGGCCUCCAAAGGAAGGACACCUGCACCUUUUUUGCACCAUUUACAUGUAUUCAUUUAUAUGCUUUUAGCACACAAGGUUGUCCGAAGUGACUUACCCCUCUUGCACCUCUGUCAUUCAUGCAGAGGGACAGGUUAAACCAGUCACAAACCCAACUACAGGUCCAUCGAGCUACAGUCAAGAGCACAGGCUUAUUGUGUGUGAGAUUUAUAACAUGAGGCUGGUUCUGGUCAUUAUUUUACACACACACACACACACAAACCUGUGUAAUAGAUCUUCUGCAAGAGGUACCCUACCAACUUGCCUGAAAAAUGUCCCCAUGUCCGACCGAUGUAAUGACUGAUUCACAUCAUUCCAUAUAGACAAGACCACACACAUUUAAAAAAAUUAAUAAUGAUUAAAGAAAUUGUGCCUUAGUUAGUGUUAGCAUAUUCAGGUGAACCAGAGGACAUACAUCUCUGUCUGUUGUGUUUUGUCAGGUGCUCAUUGUAGCUUGUCUAUUAAGCCUUCUUUCAGUUUACCUUUUUCUACCAAAAGGGGGCGCUAAGAUACAUGGUUUGGAGAUGUAAGAGAUCUCUACUGAUAUGCAGACACAGGAACUCAGCAUUGACGUGCUACUGCAGAAGCUUCUGAAAUGCAUAUUUGCACAGCAUUUUUGUCCAUAGAAGAAUAGAUGGAAAUGAGUUGUCCAAGAACAGAGUUCUGUGUGUGUGUGUGUGUGUGUGUGUGUGUGUGUGUGUGUGUGUGAGUGAGUGUGAGAACAAACUAAUAUGCAAUUUAAUUAAAAAAUUAUAUAACUUGGACCAGUAGUCAUUUUUAGCACUAGUCUGUUUCAUAACUUGCCCCUAUGAAUGUGCUUUUUAAAAAGGGAAAUAAAGGAUGAAGCCACAAUAUUCUUUUCUAUGAAAUGUCAAACCUAACGGCCAAUAUGCAUUUAUGUAGCAUCCCCCAUUCACUUUCCAGAUCAUCUGUGUUGUAAAGGAGAUAGGGGUUUAAAAGAUGUGCAUGCUGAAUGACUUCUGGAAUCAAAGGAUUAAGGAUAUGCAAAUAAAGUAUUUUUCUUCACUUUUA